AUGGCGACCAGCGGGCAUGCUUCUUCAACUUCCGUCGUGGGAGUGACGGUCGCGUUUACUGUCGUUGCGUUUGUGGUGACUGUCUUGCGCCUCAUAACUCGAAUCUCGAUCGUUCGCAAAGUCGGCCUGGACGACCUCGUCAUCACAUUGGCGGUGUUAUUUUCGAUCGUUCUGACGGUCACCAUGGGCGAGCAAGGUAUGCCUUCCGCUCCCGCUCAAGAGUGUCCGGCAGUCUUCCAUGCUGACGUCCAUCACAGUCAAGUACGGCAUGGGUCGACACGAUGACACCAUUUCCACCGAGGACAACGUCAAGAAUCUCGUCUGGUUCUGGGCCUCCGUCUGGAUUUACUAUCCUGCGUUAUGCUUCACCAAGCUCUCCAUCCUGCUGCAAUAUCUCCGCAUAUUUCCCGAACGAAACGUUCGUAUCGCAUGCUAUGCGCUCAUGGGAUUGAUCGUCGCCUGGACGUUGUGGGCUUUCUUCAGUGCUCUUUUCGCCUGUCAACCAAUUCGAAGCUUCUGGGACAAGAGUGUUCCAGCGAGUUGUCUGAAUCGUCUGGCGGUUUGGUAAGUAGCUCUGGCAUCUCUCCCUGUCCAUCCCUAGCAACUGAUCAGAUGUGUUCCAGGUUUGCGAACGCAUCGUUCAACAUCUUGACCGACAUCAUGACCGCAUUACUCCCUCUGCCGGUUCUGAACUCACUCAACCUUCCGAAGCGCCAGAAGAUCAUACUGAUGGUCGUCUUCGGCCUCGGCGGAGUCACCUGUGUCAUCUCCAUUCUCCGCCUCUCUGCUCUCUACGCAAUCUCGAAAUCCUCAGACGUUUCCUGGGACAACCCUCUAGCAGCAAUCUGGAGCUCACUGGAAGUCAACGUGGGAAUUCUUUGCAGCUGUCUCCCGACACUCAAAGGCCUGGUGACGCGUUACUUCCCAACACUCUUCUCGAGCCGAAGUUGGAGCAGCAGAGCAGCAGGCAAACGCCACACCCAGGCAUUGGAGCUUCACGGCGGCGGCGGCGUCUCCCAUGCUAGCUGCACGGCCAACGAGCCUGAGGAAGAGGUCAGAGCACCAGGCGGACGGAUGGCAAGAUUGGGAAGAAAGCUAGGAGGCGGUGGACCGCAUCUCAAAGAGAUGAUGGAUAAGGAGAGAGAUGCCGAGAGCUCCGAGACGGAGCGCGCAAGCAAGGCUUCUGGUGGCCCUCGGUCACCGCCAGCGAUCAUAGUCACCAGAGUCGUGGAGCAGGCAGCAGAACGGGAUGAAGAGCUGGCAUCAGACGAGUCUGAAAGUCUGAGGGAGCUGGUGCCUGUUUCCACGGAGAGGAUGCCGCAUAGUCGAUUGUAA